CGUCGUGCGGCAACAACGUGUCGGAAGCUUUUAACGGAAGGUCUUAACGGAUUAACGGUUUAAUCAAUGAGUUUCUUUAACUUCACCAGCGGCUAAAUAAUGCAUUGGCUCUAUCGGUUUUUUUUUAUUUGCUUGCUGGACCUGGGCGUCUUGGCUCAUGUUAGACUCGCCGAGUUGAACUAUGGAAGUACGCCGGAUUACGAGUUGAACUAUAGAAGUACGCCAGAUUACGAAAGAUAUUGUCCGCCUGAAGAUUUUGAACACUCUUAUCUGUCAAAUGGAGAAAACAACAGUUUGAUUAAAGAGACUCAUGUGAAUCACUUCAGGAGAACCAAAAUAGGUAAAAGAGCAACAAUGCGGGACCUUUGCCUAGACAGCAGUGGAUUGCCAGUGCAACGGCAAUGUGAAGACUACUAUGGAAGUGCCAUAUGGAAGCCACUCGACAACAUAAGCUGCAAUGCUGGAAAUAAUCUUAGCUGGGGGCUCAACCAGCUGCAUGAAGAGCUACUUCGAGGCGAUGACGAACAGAUCAUCUUGACUCGACUGCAGCAUUCACUGAGCGAGGCUCAUGGCCAGUUGACACCUGUUGAUGUCUACAUUACUGCGCAAAUCUGUAAUUCGUUCGUAGAGAAAGAAAGAUAUAAUGAAGCUCUGGGUACGAAUUUGAUAAGCAUCUGCAGUGAGAUCAUGAAUAUUAAUGAGACUGUGCUUGAGCUCUCUGCAAAGGUGAAUGCAACUAAUGUGUUGCUGGUUCAUUUCGAUAAAUAUAUGGAUGCAAUCUCUGAACAAUUUGUAUCUGAGGAGAGAUGUGGCAACGUGUUUAUGAAUGCGUCAAGAGAAUCUAGUGGAGCUUAUGUAGAAUUGCAUAACUACUCUGAUAUUGGUGUGCAGGCUCUGAUAAGCAGAAAUCUCAGCGUAUUUUAUGUGAAUCCAAGUUGUAGCAACAUUACUGGUCUGGCUAUUUAUUCCGUUGCCGGUCCAGAUCGCAUUUCGACUAGUAAAGACUUCUGGUUUCGUUUUGUUUAUGCCAACGAGAGUAUAGAAAACCUGAAGCUUGAAUCUGAUCUGGAGACUGCGGUUUACAUAACGGAUAGUGAGUAUGUGAGCCGGCUGUUAAGCAAUGAUCUACCCUACGUAGUGUUUAAAAUCUACGAGAACGAUGCAUUAUUUUUGGACGAUUCAGAAGAGCACAAGAAACGAUUCAGGAGUAAGGUUUUAUCUGGAAAGCUACUAGGAGAUCUUGAUACUCAGCGGAAUUAUAGCAUGCAGUUAUUGCUACGAAAGCCGAAAGAAUUGGAUGUUCAAUGUAGACGAUGGCACAAUCAUCAUUGGCGGUAUUAUGGAGUUUAUGAUAGCAUUGAUAGUACUAUUUCUGAAGACUAUGUCCUCUGCGUAGGCUAUGAAUGGCCAAUGGGAACAAACGUUCGGAUUCAAUGGAAGUCAAUAAAAAAUAACAUUGAAUAUUGUGCGGCUGAAGAUUUUGAGCACACUUACAAAAUAAAGAGCGAGAAUGGCAGUUUGAGCACAGAGUUGCACAUCAAUCACUUCAGGAGAACCAAUCUGAAUAUCCUUGCAACAAUGAAGGAUCUUUGUCUGGACAGCAGUGGAUUGCCAGUGCAACGGCUAUGCAAAAACAACAAUGGAACUGCCAUAUGGGAGCCACUCGACAACAUAAGCUGCAAUGCUGGUAAUAAUCUCAGCUGGGGGCUCAACCAGCUAUAUGACAAUAUAUUUCGAGGCGAUGACGUACAGGUCAUCUUGACUCGAUUGCAGCAUUCACUGAUCGAGGCUCGUGGCCAGUUGACACCUAUCGAUGUCUACAUUACUGCACAAAUCUUUACUACGUUCGUGGAGCAAAAAAUAUAUUAUAAAGCUCUGGGUUUGAAUUGGAUAAGCAUCUGCAGUGAGAUCAUGAAUAGUAAUGAGACUGUGCUUGAGGUAUCUGCAAAGGUGAAUGCAACCAAUGUGUUGUUGGAUAGUUUCGACAAAUAUAUGGAUGCAAUCUCUGAACAAUUUCUAUCGGUGGAAAGAUGUGGCAAUGUGUUUAUUAAUUUAUUAAGAGAAUCUAAUGGAGCUAAUGUACAAUUGCAUAACUACUCUGAUAUUGGUGUGCAGGCUCUGAUAAGCAGAAAUCUCAGCGUAUUUUAUGUGAAUCCGAGUUGUUACAACAUUACUGGUCUGGCAAUUUAUUCUGCUGCCGGUCUAGAUCGCAUUUCGACUAGUAAAGACUUCUGGUUUCGUUUUGUUUAUGCCAACGAGAGUAUAGAAAACAUUAUGCUUGAAUCUGAUCUGGAGACUGCAGUUUAUAUGACGGAUAAGUUUAUGAGUCAGCUGGUAGGCAUUGAUCUACCUUACGUAGUGCUAAAAAUCUACGAGAACGAUGCAUUAUUUAUGGAGUAUUCAUUAGAGCGUAAGAGACGAGUCAGGAGUAGGGUUAUAUCUGGAAAGCUACUAGGAGAUCAUGGUACUCAGCGGCCUUAUGGCAUGCAGUUAUUGCUUCGAAAGCCGAAAGAACUAGCUGGUGCUUGUAGACAAUGGGAUAAUGACCAUUGGCAGUAUGAAGGAGUUACCACUAGCAAUGAUACUAAUAUUUCGAAAGACUAUGUCCUCUGCAUAGGCUAUGAAUGGCCAAUGGGAACAAAUGUUCAGCUACAAUGGGAGUCACAUGAAAAAAACACUAAAGAGAAUUCAAGUGAAUAUUGUGCGGCUGAAGAUUUUGAGCACACUUACAAAAUAAAGAGCGAGAAUGGCAGUUUAAGCAUAAAGACGCACAUCAAUCACUUCAAGAGAACCAAUCUGAACAUUCUUGCUACAAUGGAGGAUCUUUGUCUGGACAGCAGAGGUCUGCCAGUGCAUCGGCUAUGCGAAAACAAGAAUGGAAUUGCCACCUGGGGUCCACUUCAAAAUAUCUAUUCAGUGGAAAACAAAGCCAAGAGGUCAUUUUAUCUCAAGUCGGCCAAUCAGUGA